AUCAGUCACUAGCAAGCUAAAGACUAACCACAACGCAAUCAAUAUGAAGUACAUGAUCGUCCUUGUCGCCGCCCUGGCCAUGGCCUCAGCCAGCCCCGACCGCGAGCGUCGCUCCCUCGGCUGGGGACACAAUGGAGCAGUGGUGUUGGGUGGUGUUUUGCCCGCUCUGGCUCCCUCCGUGGCGGUCGUUGGACCAGCUGGCCCGGCUGCGGCGGUCGUAGGACCCGCUGCACCGGCUGCUGCGGUCGUCGGCCCUGCUGCACCAGCUGCGGCUGUGGUUGGACCAGCCGCCGGCUCCGCCGUGGUGGCUGGGCCAGCCGCUGGCCCAGCUGCGGUCGUUGGACCCGCCGCAGGAGCAGCGGUCGUGGCUGGCCCCGCUGGAGCGGUGGUGGCGCCAGCAGCGCAUUGGUAGACCGAUUUCCCCCGGAUUCGACCACCCCCUCGCCCACAGCUUAAGACAACUCGAACGAUUUCUCUCGUGAACAUGGAAACGGCUUCUCAUCGACCUCCAUCCGCGGGACUUGGAUCAAGAAAAAAAAAAAAAAGAAAAGCUCAACGUUGCUCCACAUCGAAUCGAAGACUCCGUAAUUUGGAAUGGAACGAAUUGUACGAUGGAACGAUUAUUCUUGCUAUCUUUUUCUUUUUUUUUCUCUCUCUCUUUCUUUAUCUCUCUCGUUCUCGAGACAAAGAAAAGGUCUGCUCGAUUCACGAUGGACAACGUAUCCGAGUUUCUCCGAGGUUCUUUCGCGUAUCUCCUUGUAAUUAUUAUCCAUAUACACGUUACACGCUUUUGUAUAUUUAAUAAAUGAAGUAUACACUGUAUACACUCUGAAUAAUUUUCAUCAUUCCUAGAAAUCGCAGGGAUAAGUCGAUAUUUAACCGAACGUUUAUUAACGGUUUUAACUUGAGAAACCGUAAAAGUUAUCGGAACUUCUGUCGCCCCAGUUUCUAAUUAGUUUGUUGAAAGCCGUUAUUCCUCCACCUGUAUAUCCACUGCCAAUAAAAGGACACGCGAAAUAAUGAAUCCAGGAUGAAUCGAAUGAAAAGGAACGGCCUCUGAAACGAUGUCUUUUGCGGUGCUUUGAAACCGCGGUUUUUAAAGAGCGAGUAAUUUCUUUCAAUCGCAAUUUCAGUUGCAAUUUGGCUUUGCUACUGUGUAAACUGUGUACGGAAAGAAUAAAGGCGAGGUAUUUAUGAAACAGGCUGCGAGAUAAAAAGAUAUGCUGUUAUUAAUAUUGUUGCAACAAUGUUUCAGGUUUUGGCGAAUAAAGAAGUUUGCCGUAUUUAUUCUUUAACGAAGGGAUUUAUUUAUUGAUGUAGAUACUCAAGAUGAAUCGACGAAUCAACUUAAUUAAAAAGGGUAUAUUAUCUAAUUUGAAAGAGCAACGAUGUACUGAUUAAUAAUUGUGCAGUAAUUUAUUGUUUUCUAUUCUUAACAAUUUUUGUAUUUGUAUCUAAUAAACUAUUAUCAAGUUCGAAACGC